AUUCGAGAGUCAAUGGCCUGAAGGUAUGUACUCUGCCUCCCUAUCUUAUCAUCCUGGCGUGUAACUUAUACACAUUGGCCCUUUGUGCAGUAGAUUAUAUAUUUCGACAGCUCGCUUCUCAACCUCUCGCAAUACCUACCCGAGCAUCUUCAUCCACAGAUCGUGGCUGUCUCUUCUUCGCGCAGCCGUCCUUCACCCCCCGAAGGGUCAGGCUCCCUCAAGCGUCCUCUGAGCCCGGUCCCGGAUGAGAUGGACACGAAGCGAUCUCGGGUGGAUGGUAGCAAGCAUAGCGCGUCAUCUCCAUCAGGUUCACGACACACUCCCAUACCUUCGUCGCGACCAUCGCCUAUGCCCUUCUGCACCCAGCCCUCGCAUUCUCCUGAUUCACGUCAUACUGAAUCUCACUACCCAACCAGUCCACCGCAGCUAGCUGUAGUGCCUCCGCCUCAUCCCCGCCCCAUUGGACCUGGCCAUGCUCUGAACAUUAUCGGUUUGUUCUCCAUCUCUCGCACCACAACCUCCGGUCGUGAAGUACGAGCAUUCAUUGGAGAGUCUCAGGCCUUCAAGACGGUCAAAUUUAAUACCCCGCUUCCUGUGCCUCUCUGAUGCCGACUCUGUCAUUAUGUGAUUGGUUACCUGCCGUUCAUUGUUGCACAGUCAUUACGGAUACUACUGUCCCACAGAGAGUCACACUCGUCGCUGGCAUACAAGUUCACAGCAAGGAAGAGCUCCAACAGAACUUGCUCGACGUUCUCGACUCCUUGCGAAACCUUGGACCGAACACAAGACAACGAUCCAAAAUUGCAAAAAAAACUUACCAUUAGGAUAUCAUCGGGGAGUAUCGCGCUACAGAGUGCUACAAAGCACUUCGUAGCAAAUUAUAUUUCCCUGAUUGUUGGCAUGGCACAUUGAAUUACCCAGUCUGCUCAGUGCAUG